AUGGUUAUGACAUUUUCAGGAGCUGUACCUGCUGCACAUCUCACCGGAAGUGGUUGCAGCGACUGGAAGUACGGAUCCGGCUGCGGAAGUGAUUGUACAUGUGUACAAGCUAACUCAGCAUCUUGUAACAAUGUAAACGGGGCCUGUACAUGUAGUGCAGGUUACAUUGGGACAAACUGUGAAAAUGCAUGUAGCGCCUGGAAGUAUGGUGAUGGUUGUAGCAGUGACUGUACAUGCGUACAGGCUAACACCGCUAGCUGUAUUAAUGAAAACGGGCAAUGUUUGUGUGACCCUGGAUACUCCGGAAUUAUUUGUGACACCGCGUGUGUUCCUUGGAAAUUUGGGAACGAUUGUGGAAAUGAUUGCACAUGUGUCCAAGCCAACAGCGAAACAUGUAACGACGUGAGCGGUGCCUGCACGUGUAAGCCGGGUUACAUCGGUACUAACUGUGAAACUGCUUGCUCUGGUUAUACGUAUGGAGCAGGAUGUACUGAAAACUGUUCAUGUAUCCCAAACAACACUCUCACGUGCAGUCAUGUGAACGGGAGUUGCGCGUGCAAUACAGGCUACACUGGACUUAUCUGUAACGAAACUUGUCCUCUGUGGACGUACGGAGCUGGGUGCUUUUCAACCUGCACAUGUGACAAAAGCAAUACAGCCACCUGUAGUUCUAACGGCACGUGCGUGUGUAAACCAGGUUACAGCGGAAUAAGCUGCAUUGAAGCGUGUCCUUCCGGUUUUUACGGAGAUGGAUGUUCAUCUGUUUGUGACUGUCAUUUAAAUAAUACAAUAGCAUGUGACCAUGUGACCGGAUAUUGCACAUGCGCAGUCGGAUAUGAUCAACCAGACUGCACACAAGUCUGCAGCCUUUUGAAGUUCGGUGAUAAGUGCUCACAAUCAUGUUCCUGUCCCUCCAAUGCAUACCCAGUGUGUAAUCACGUGACAGGGGCGUGCACGUGUAGUCCGGGAUAUGUCGGUGACACCUGUGAUAGUGUUUGUGCGGACAAUACAUUUGGAAUAGCAUGUAUUGGGAUUUGUGAUUGUGAUGCUCAACACACAAACCUAUGUGACAAGGUUUCGGGUGCCUGUGCAUGCAACAGUGGCUGGGAGGGCACUAGGUGUGAUACAGCUGCUGCAUUUGCCUUGGUUAGCAGUCCGGCCCUGGUUGGUAUUCUAGGAUUCCUGGCUGCAUUUGUCCUAGUGGUAAUCAUAGCUGUCGUUCUGUGGUGCGCGUGCAGAUGUUCCUGCCAUGAGGUGAAAUCUCGGUCUCGACGAAAGAAAGAUUUCAUUGAGCUUUCUGAGGUACCCGAAGCACCUGCGCCUCCUAUAGCUGGAGGGGUUGCCGCGAAAGCUACAGGAUAUCAAAAGACACCUACAGCAAAGGGCUUACCGAAUGAUAAAGACGGGGUAUAUUAUGGCCGAGAUACUUUGAACAACUCGUCCACACCGGCGGGGAAUGGUUCACAGGUGGCACCACCUGUUCCCACAAGUGGGGACGAGUAUUACUACACAGACGGUAUUUCUGCUGCAGCGGCUGGUAACGCCGGUAAAGAUCUCAAACCAAAAGGGGAUGUUUCAGCGACCACUUAUCAAAAUUACAGUUCCAAUUCCGCUACUUCGAGUCCAAGAAUAAAUCCGAAAAUUGCAAAAACACCGCUACCACUUCCCCCAGUACAGCAGACUAAAGCACAGCCAGUGUAUGGAAACGCUGGUAUACAAGAAGAAUACGAGAGUUUGGGAGGAAGAGGCGUCUCGGAAACUUACGCUGAUUUGGAUUAGUAUAUUAUCCUUGCACCUCUGACGUGAUUCAAAAUGCUUAUGAUGCAGUCAUUCACAUGCAAUUAAAAUUUGCCACAUCAAUGAUAUUCAUAUCAUCAGAAUAUUUUCUUUGCUAAACGAACUGCUACGUAUGUUACUUUUUUAUGUACAUAAUAAAACAUACAACAAUGUAGGAAAAUAUUCAAAUAUAUUAUUGUCUACACAGUGUCCUUGCUGUAUUAGAUGAUUGGAUGAUUUGUUCCCAGUAUGUGAAUGGAGAAAUAAGAAUUAAUGAUGUGCUACACUGUUUGCUGCAAAAGCAACGUAGGAGUUACGUAAAUAUUUGCACUAUGAUAAAAUUCAAAUAUUACUUAUAAAUACAUGUAUAAGUGGUGGUGAAAGAAACUUGUUCGUGUAGUGAAUAUGUCAAAUUAGGGAUCAUACUAAAUGAGAAUCAAUUCAUUAUGACAUUUCUAUAAUUGGCUAUUGUAGUGUCAUUUUUGUUUAAUUUGUAUAAUGUAAUAAAUACGGCCUUGUGAAUAGAAACAUGUACAUGACGAUGAUACUGCAAACAGAGUUAUUUGCAAGGGGUCAUUUUCGCGAUUUCAAUACAUAAACAGUUCACGUGGGGUUUUAUUUGCGAUCGAGGUAUUUGUGUUUCGUUUGCACGUGUUCUAUAACUAUGCACACAAAUACGUUUGAGGGAAUUUGUUUAAAAUUCACGUAUAAGCUUGAUGCAUUUACCAGUCUAGAAUAAUUCAUCAUUAAUUAUAUAUUAAACGGAGUAGUAACUUGAAUUUGGGGUUCUUCAGAAAUAAUAUCUUAAUAUUGUCUAUACUAUCUUAUAUUAUCUGGUGAUCGAAUAAUGAAGUUCGUCUCAAUACUUUUCUCCGUUGAUUUUCUUUCCUCCUUUUAUACACAGUAUGUAGUAGAAUCAGUACUAAAAUGUUGCGUAUCAUAUAUACUAGUAAAACAUAUGCAUGAACAUAUGGUGGUUAAUACGACUUCAAUGUCUUUAGUUACACCAUUGGUAUACCAAUAGUAACAUAUGAUUAGGUUUCCGAUAUUUAGUAAUAUUAUAAUACUAAUUUUGAUUUCUGCACAGCGCUGCUAUUUGCGGCCUUCAAGAGUUGUCAAUCAUUGAGAUCAUAUCACAUAUUAUUGUACCCAAUAUAUAUUGAGAAAUAAAUGAAAUUAAUAUUUUCUACAAAUAACACUUUGUUCUAUUUGUAGGUAUGUAAAGGUA